AAUCGACUCCCCCGCUGUAGUGUAAGGAAUUGUAGUAAACACCUCCAUUCGGAGAAUCACUGUCCCUUUGUGCUCCCAUAGCAUGCACACUGUACUACUCCCUCGCGAACGCCGAAUACUGCUGACUUCCUGACAUCCAACGCUACAACUGCCAAAGAGAAACUUACUCGUCGGCCUAUUCAUCUCUGGGACUCUAUCGAGGUUGAGAUGUUCGCGAAAACAAGACCUUUGGAAACGUGUCUUAUGGCUGCUCUCGUUGGGGCGGCAGAACAGCGCAACAAGUUGAGCUCACUGCCGUCCUCUGCCGUGCCUUGGAUGGUAUCGAGUGCUAUGGAAACCGCACCUUUUUGUUGUCAGACUAUCCUUGUCUCCACUUUUCGGGACAUUACUUUGUCACGACAUUUAUCUAUAGUCUACUGCUUGGAUUCUUCGGUGUGGACCGUCUUUGUCUUGGUCAUAUUGGAUCUGGAUUGGCCCUUGUCAAAUGGAUACGGUGACUCAAUGGAUAGAUGAUGAUCUGAGCUUUAUGGGAAAAUACCCUAACGGGGUUCCGUUACUUGAAAUGGUGCCCUUUUACGAGGCAGUAGCUAGAAACGAGCCACCCAAACUGGAAUGGACAUGCCCAGGAAAAAGGGAUCCCAAGUCAGAUGAGAAACCGGAACCAUCUGUUCCCACAUCAUAUACCAACACUUGCAAGACCGACUCAUUGGAAUCUCAGUCAGCGGCUGCAAAGUUGGCUGAAUUCGACUUUGAUGAAAGUUCCAACCAGCCGUUCUUCUCAUCUGCAGGCGUUGGUGUCACACGACCCCUACGCAAAGUAUUGGGGCCUGGCCGACACCCACCUCGCCAACCGCGUGUUGCAAACAUGGACAAGAUUCUGAACGAUCUUUUCCGCAGCAGAAAAGAUACGGUCUCUGUUCCCGUUCCUGAGCCCUCACAACGGCCAUCUGCUAUGUUUCCUCCUGACAGAGAUGACAAUGAACCACCUGUACUUGUGUCACAUGAUCUACCUACGGGGGGUGCUCAAACCAACUCGCAUACAGAAAGAGUUGACCUUUCUGUGCAUGUGGGAAAUGCAGUUAUUUCUGCGGAGCCCUCGGCGGAGACUAACGUAGGAGUCGUUGUCACCACACAUUCGAGUGUUCCUGUUGAUCGUCAUGGAUUCACGUCUGAAUCACACACUUUAGUCGCCGAUUCUGUUUCUUCCAUCGGCCUGCCUCCAAAUGGGGGGAUAUCCUCGGAACCCUUCCAGUCGGAGCUCCCAGCGCAACUUGCACACGCACGAAUUGAUUGAUACACUUGAUCUCUGCCGCCAUCUAUUUUAUUGUUCACCUCCACCAGUACACAGGAACACUCUACUUAUCCUGUUCUGUUUUCAAUUCCUUCUUAGCUUAACAUCAAGGGUGAGGUUUAGUUUUGGCACUCCGUC